AUGUCUGCUCAAUUGGCAUUUAUGGUGCAGGAUCUGGAGAACUUGCAAAAUAUUCAACAAUCACAUGCUAUAAUGAUAUUAAUCUUGUCACAAGUAGCACUUAGAGAAAUAAGAACUUCUCCAUUCAAUUGUAAAGAAAGCAUUGGUAGCAAUAAAAGUUAUUAUUCCGCAGUAUAA